CAGGAACAGGGGUGAAGCCUCCAGAUCAAUAAAUCCCCAGCCUUCAGCCUGGGGUCCCCAAGCUUCGUGGAGAAGCCACCGAAGUCCACAUCUCUCCCAGUUCUGCCAUGGCCAGCUCCAAGUUAGGUCUCCUACUGCUGUUGCUGCUGCUGCUGACUGCCCACCCUGGACCCCUGAGGGCUCAACACUGGUCCCACGGCUGGUACCCUGGAGGAAAGCGAGCCUCCAGCUCAUCCCAGGACCCCCAGUUUACACCUAGGCUCCCAGCAAGCAGCCCAGACCAGACUGCCCAAACCCUCCCAAGAGAUGUCCUGGCUGUCCCUGAGGACCAUGUGCCCUGGAAGGGCAAGACUACAGCCGAGAGGCCCCUACAAGGGAAACAGUACCUGGUGCAGAUGUUGCUGGGAGGGCACCGCAGCGCGCCCUGGGAACUGGAGAGCCCGCAGGCUGGGUCCUCUGGGCGAGGAGGAGCGCGGCAGCUGCAGGACAGGGGAGCCACCUGGUGACCCGAGCGUCCUCACCCACCCCACCCCACAGCAGACCCGAGGCCUAGCGCCCCGCCCCGCCCCGCCAGCUUCCAAUAAAGAUGUGCGAUCCCGGGAGCUGCUGCCUCGAGUCUCUCCUUCAUCCUCGUGGGGGUAGGAGGGACACGAGGUGGAGCGGGCUCACAGGGAGGGACGCGG